AUAACCUCAAAUUUACCUGCCUUUGCCUUGUCAAAACCAAAAUAAUUUCUAUUUUUUUAAUAAUUUUUUAUUAAUCAAAAUCAAGAUAAGAUAAUGCACUCUUGUGAUUACUAAAAUCAAAUAAUCCUCUUUUUUUUUUUUUUGUUUAAAUAAAAUCACCACAAAGUCUAAUUAUGCCGGGCCCCAAAUCGACAACAGCCCUAUUGAAACAGCUUAGGGCUCUGAUGCUGUCCAAAGUCCACACUCCGGAGCCUCUGGCUGCCUACAUUGUGCCUUCAGCGGAUUCUCACAACAGUGAAUAUUUGGCUGACUGUGAUAAAUUAAGGGGCUUUGUAUCGGGUUUUGAUGGUUCCGCCGGUACUGCUAUAGUUACCGCCCGGGAGGCUUGUAUGUGGACCGACGGCCGGUACUAUUUGCAGGCCACGGAACAGAUGGAUGGGAAUUGGACUUUGAUGCGAGAAGGGGAUCCCAAUACACCAAAAACAGGUCAAUGGUUGGUCAAAACUCUACCGUCCAACUCCUUCGUAGGCGUUGAUCCGAAACUGAUGAGCUGCGACCAGUUCCGCCCUUUGCAAAAGGAACUGGAAACCGGAGGUCACAAACUCGUGCCGGUCAAACAAAAUUUGGUUGAGCUUGUGUGGACUGAAAGACCCAAAAGACCUUUGAAUCCUGUAAAGCCUUUGCCUUUAAACUUUACCGGAUGCACGGUCAAACUUAAGCUACAGGAAGUUGUUGAGGCAAUGAAGGAUAAGAAGGCUGAUUUUUUGGUUUUGACUGCCUUGGAUCAAAUUGCUUGGUUCUUAAAUUUGAGAGGCUCAGACAUUGAAUAUAAUCCAGUGUUUUUCUCUUAUAUCAUUGUAAGUGCCAAUGGUACUUUUACUUUAUUUAUUGAUCCAAGGCAAGCCUCUGAUGAAGUUAGAGAGCAUUUGAAAAAAGAAGCAGGUGAUGUAGUAAGCAUAGAGCCUUAUAGCCGCAUAGAUGAAGCCUUAAAAGACAUUUGCUUAGACUUAAAUGGCUUUGUAUGGUUCAGCGAGCAUUCCAGCUAUGCCCUAACAAGCAUAAUCCCAAAAAAACACUUAUUGUUAACCGGUACUACUCCAGUAGAACUAAUGAAGGCUGUAAAAAACCCUACAGAAAUUGCAGGCAUGAGAAAUGCUCAUAUAAAAGACGCAAUUGCUUUGUGCACUUACUUCCACUGGCUGGAAACUAAUGUAUCCAGUGGCGCCAUCACCGAAAUAUCUGGAGCCAAUAAAUUACAUGAAUUUAGAAAAUUGCAGCCUGAUUUUAUGGGCGACAGUUUCGCAACCAUUAGCUCCGUAGGAGCUCACGGUGCCAUAAUCCACUAUCACCCUCAAGAAAGCACCAAUGUGCCAAUAACAACAAACGAAUUAUAUUUGUGCGAUUCCGGGGCUCAAUUUAGGGACGGUACUACUGAUGUAACACGCACCUGGCACUUUGGUACUCCAACCGAACACGAAAAAGAUUGCUACACUAGAGUAUUAAAAGGCCAGCUUCAAUUAGGCUCAAGAAUAUUUCCUACUAAAAUCAAAGGAAAUCAUUUAGACUCGUUUGCUAGGCAAUUUUUAUGGGAUGUAGGACUUGAUUAUGCCCAUGGUACCGGGCACGGUAUUGGACAUUAUUUAAACGUCCACGAAGGCCCUAUGGGGAUUUCUUGGAGACCAAUGCACCAAGACCCUGGGCUUGAAGCCAACAUGUUUUUAUCCAAUGAACCAGGCUAUUAUGAGGAUGGUAAAUUUGGAAUGAGAAUUGAGGAUAUUGUGUUGAUAGUUGAAGCGAAUCCUCCAAAUAAUUUCAAUAAUCGUGGGUUUUUAACUUUUGAAACUGUCACUUUGGUGCCGAAAGGGCUGAAGCUGAUUAAUGUGGGGAUGUUGACUGAUGGGGAAAUUGAGCAGUUGAAUGGGUAUCAUGAGCAUUGUAGGGCUGUUUUGGGGCCUUUGUUGGAGAGACAAGGGUUGGAGGAUGUUAAAGGGUGGCUUUGGAAAGAGACAGAACCAAUUAGCAGAUGAUGAAAUUGUAUUAAAAUAAAAUAUAUCUUAUUUGCAA